AUAUAGUUACUCUUUGGUAUUAUUGUUCUGUGCUGCUGCCUGCUGCUCAGCCAUACAAAAUAAAUAAUUUUUUUAUGUUUUUCUUGUUAUUUUGUUGUAAGUAAUCGUGAAUGAAAUAUAAAUAAUGGCUCCGAAAUUAAAGUUUGCAGAAGGUGAAAAAGUAUUAUGUUUUCACGGACCCUUGAUAUAUGAAGCAAAAUGCCUCAAGAGUUCAGUUACAAAAGACAAGCAUGUUCGCUAUCUAAUACAUUACGCUGGUUGGAAUAAAAACUGGGACGAAUGGGUUCCUGAAAGCCGUGUUUUGAAAUAUAAUGAAGCUAAUGUCCAGAGGCAGAAAGAAGUUCAAAGAGCUCACUCUGCACAGCCUACGAAAACUAAAAAGACUCCUGCAAAAGGUCGUAAGUCUGAAGCAGCUGCUAGUUCUACACCAGCCCGAGAAGAGUCCAGAGCCUCAACUCCAGCAGGCAAAGAUGAAUCGAGCACAACAACAAAAGCUUCCAAGCAGAAAGACACCACAGCUGAAUCUGGCUCCGACCAACCCAAGUUAGUUGUUAUAUUAUAUGCAUGCAUUAAUAAUAGAAAAAGCGGGGUCGGCUAG